AUACAAUCCCAAUUUAAAAAUAUGGUGGCAGAAAAAAAGAAGUGUCAUCGAGUACUGGGAGACCACCAUUACAGAAUCUAAUCUGAAAAAAAUACAACCCCAUUACAGCUAAAGUUCUGUUCCAUCUUACAGCUAGCUAGUCUUACCAGCAGAUAUGGAGGAGCUCCGCCCGAGUUUCCGGUGCUCCGGCGACCGAAGACUAGAGAUCGUAAGCGGAAAACAGGGAAGUCGGGCUCGCUCACCGGAUCUGCCCGUAGUAACGAGCAAGGGGACAUGGCCGAGUCAGGUGGCGACAGCAACUUCAUCGUCAGCUAAGCCAUGGGGAUUCAAUGAUCCAGAGAUGAAGAGACGAAAGAGAAUAGCAAAGUACAAAGUCUAUACUAUUGAAGGAAAGUUCAAGACUUCCAUUAGAAAUGGACUGAGGUGGUUCAAGAAUAAAUGCUCUGAAAUCAUCCAUGGCUAUUAAUUAGCUAUUGUUACUGUAAAAGGUGCUUUUCUUUUUAGUCUCAAUAUGAUCUAUUGUGAGUUCUGAAGUUAUAAGAAAUUACAAAGAAAGGUGGGAAACAUAAGAGGUGACACAGGUCUAAUUAAUUUCAUACUACUUAGAAUGUUUUGCUUCAUUUUUCAAAUUGAAAUUCUAAUUUGUUUGCAUGUCAUUUAUCAGCAUUUAUUGUUCUGACCUUUCA